GUUACGUUUGAACACUAUUGAACCCUACGGCACCAACUGACAUUUCGGCUUUCCAAAGAGCCGCUUAGCGUUUUCGACCCUGCCAAACUUGAAAACCUUAGACUUCGGGUCGAAAUCCUGAGUGUGGCAUUUGUUCCUUGUCAACGACAUGUCAACCAUGCUCCUUCUUAUGAUGCAGCAAGUACAAUAUAUACAUACUGCAUUUGUAUUAAAUUGCAGAAUCCAAACUAGUAGAUAACUAUUAUACUCGACCCAGUGAAGUAGUUCUGGCCGGUCGACUCGGACAUUUUGCUUGCUUUGCACACCCAAGUUGAACGCGCGAGGACUGAGAUCACGAUGAACGGCUUCAAUGUACCACUGUUCUUUGGGGCCAUGUAUUGGGGUUUUAUCUUCUCGACAGCCCUCGUUGGGAUCUCUAUCGUGCAAGGCUACAUAUAUUUCACGAAUAACAGCCGUGAUCCUUGGACUAUCAAGGCACUAGUGAUUUUACUCCUAAUUCUCGAUCCAGCAGGCAGCGUGCUAAUCGGAGAAACAAUGUAUUUCUAUUUCCUCGUGAAUUUUGGAAAUGUAAUGGCGUUCGCCCGAAUUCCAACGUCCUGGUGUGUUGAAACGUUUGUGACAGCAUUUGUCACUUGUGUGACGCAAUUAUAUUUUGCUACUCGGCUCUAUAAGAUAUACAAGCAAUCGCUUGUGUUGCCGAGGUAUAGUGCGGUUUGGCUAGUUCCUGCUGUUGUGGCCUUUUUUGCAGUGUUUGGUUUAGCUUCCGGCACUCUCAGGGCUGUUUGGUUAGUGAUAUGGACAACGCAACGUUUUUCGAGUACACCAGUACAGGUUGCUGUUGGUGCCGAGGAAGGUUGUGCGGUGGUAGCUGAUUUGAUUACGACAAUCGCAUUAUGCCACAUACUCUCUCCGGCUCGUACCGGUGUAAGGAGGAGUGGCUCUUCUCGGAUUAAAACCCUGUUCAUCUUUCUGGUGAACCGCGGUAUCCUCGUUACAUUUGUGCAGCUCGGAAUGCUCAUUGCGUAUCUAUGCGCAGCGACCGAUCUUUACUGGAUGCCGUUUCAUCUAUGCAAGAGUAAACUUUAUACCAACACCUUGCUUGCCAUGCUAAAUUCUCGAGAAAGCGGUCGAACGUGGCUCAACAAUACUCAAGGUGAAACCUCCAAGUUUCACGCUAGCGUGGUCCAGACGCCUGUUUUCAACAUAACCGUCAACGGAGAUACGAGCGUGUCCACCGCCGGUGCAUCGAGUACGGUCACGGAGAAGGACGACACCCCAGAGAUCAUGCUCGACUCGGGCAUCCGCACGGCAGCUAGGGAGGGGUCUCAGAAUGAGGUAGAGGCGGUUUAGCCCUUGAGGUGAACGGCGUUUCUAAGGAUGACAUCUUCAACGGUGCUGCUUUCGCCCCGAGUCAAGUCGGCAAGGUCUUUUACUAAAUAAUGUAGAAAUUGGACUUUAUUGCUGUACUAUAAAAGUAUCUAAUAAAUGGGAUUUGGACGAUGGC